CCCUUACUUCUUUGAAGACGGUAAUGGUCGUGCUGUUACUGUGAACUCAGAGCGCUAAACAGAAAUGAUGAUCAACUUCUUUGUCCCUGAAUUACGACGGCGUCGUGUUCCAACCCGACGUGUGUGGUUCCAGCAGGAUGGGACGACCGCUCACACAGCCAGAGCAUCAAUGGACGUCAUCCGCCCACUCUUCCCUGGUCGCCUUAUUUCCAGACCACAAGCUAAACUCGUACAUCUACGAGCGCGCCGGGUCGUGUCUUUUUGACAACGAGUGGCUGGACUUCGGCCACGACUUCCUCCAGCAGCUCCUGGACAUUGACGAGGACGUGCCGGACGAGGGCAUGUACGACGACUGGUAUGACGACCACGACGACAAUGGUGGGGUCUACUGGCCUUAUGAUGAAGAACUCGACGAAGAUAUGUUAUACGAUUUGCUCUACGGUGGCCAUCGUGAAUACUGAGCCUCACCAUUGGCUUGUGCUGCUGUGAAACGAUGAGUGGAGCUGACCAUCCUGCUCUGCGGUGUAGUAGCGAUCUAGUCUUCUUUUGUUAUGUUGCAAGCCAAAAUGGCGUCAUUACGUACCAAAGAAACAAGAUUCAGCUUUUUUCUAGUUGGUACGUUCAAAAUGAUCUUUCCUAUUUAGAUAUUGUGAGGCUAUGGCUACGGAUUCAUAAAGGGGACAUUCAGUCUGAGUAUUUGUAGUUCAAAACCGCCUCAUGGUAUAUUAUGUCUCUGAACUGUUCAUGUACUUGAUUCAAUAUUCGUUCAAUUUUCCUUAGUUUUGUUUUAGUGGAGUUUCUUUUGUUCUACUUCGACUAAAAAUUAAGGCUGGUCUUCCAAGAUAUUACCUAUACGCUGUCCAACCUUUGGUUCUAUGCCAUGACUUAAUCUUGGAUCGUCGCUGAGAUCUGCACUAUUCUCUGUCACGCGAGUGAUACUCGAGACCUGGUAAUCUCUGUGUUUUAACCAUAUUAAUAUGGUUUUUGCUGCAGUGGAAAUCUCUUUUUUUUUGCCUCAGUGGAAAUCUCUUAACUAUAAGGUGUUGCAGGGUUUACUUUGAGGUAUGCUUUGAGAUAUGAAUUUUCGCAGCAUUGUUUAGAUGGCACAAAUGGACCUUAUUUUCCAUUACUUGUAUUCUUUUUGAAUUUUCCAUCUUUGUAGCAUUAAAAUGAUU